UGAGGGCAUAUAUGUCAAUUGAUUGUUUUCCUUUUCCUUCAACAUUCUGGUAACGGGUCCUUGUUGGCCUGGCCGGCUCCUCUAGUCUCUUACCGUUCCUUUCCCUCUGGCUCUGGCCGGCUCUGAUUGAGAAUCGUCCUUGCACAAAAUGGUCUGCGAAAAGUGUGAGAAGAAACUCGCGAAGGUGAUUGUGCCGGACAAGUGGAAAGAAGGAGCUCAUAAUACAACUGAAGGCGGAGGGCGUAAGAUUAACGAGAACAAACUCCUUUCUAAGAAGAAGAGAUGGACGCCGUAUGGAAGUACUAAUGGAAGUACCAAGUGCAUUAUAUGUAAACAACAAGUACAUCAAGACGGAAAGUAUUGUCAUACCUGUGCAUAUAGCAAAGGGUGUGUGCUAUGUGUGGGAAGCAAGUUCUUGACACCAGUAGCUAUAAGCAAAGCAAUGUAUAAGAAAGAACAUUGUUUGUAGGAACUUGCAUACCUUUGUUGAAGAUGUUUCUAUAAAAGGGUUAUUUGCAGCUCACUGAAUUCUUUGUAAUUUGUUGCAAGAGUCGGUCGAACUCUAUCCUUAUUUCAAAGGAUGUGAUUGUGUGUGUAUCUUUGUUUUGUGUUUUUACUACUAAGUCGUACAUAAAUUGGCAAACGACUAUAAGUCAAUUGACUAACUCUUGUAAUGCCCGUUUAAUGUUCGAUAUGGUUCUGAAAUCAAAUUUCCAAAGGGUUGAGAACUGAUUAAGAUGUUCCAUACUUCCAUUGCCAACAUCUUGCGGGAGAACCCAAAUGACAAAAACUUGCACCGUGCGAGGCCAGUAGAGGUGUAGAAAGUUACGUAUACUUCUUGAAAGCACGUGGGGGAGUAACUCAGUAACAUAGCAGUCAUAGCUUAUAUCCCAAUUCCCAUUUCCCAAGUUCCUAACAGCUUUAUUCUCAAAAAGAGAAGUUCAUCACUGUUUUUAAACCAGAAAAAAUGCCCUAAAUAGCUAGAAUCAAUGCCCUAAAUUACUGGCCUAGUGUAUAUAAAAAAAUGUCCCUUUUCCGGUUUUCCCAAUUGAAGCUAGAAUUUGGCAACAGAUCGAAUUUUAAAAACCUUGUCACAAUUUCACAUAAUGAAAUAAAAGUACUAGCU